CUCUCUUUUUUAUUGUUCUUGUUGUCAUCAUUGUUUUGUUAUGGAGGGUUGCAAUGAAUUUGAACAGUUUUAUCCACUCACAAAUUUCUGUAAUUUCUUUUUUAUUUUAUCAUGCACUAACACUCCCUUAACAAUCAGCAUUUUACUCCUCUCAACAUCAAAAUCUUACAUUUGAUCCCCUCAACUAUACAAUCACAUCAAUUUCCCUCUUUCAAAAUGGGUUAUUUGCAUGGUUUUUCAUAGGUGAGGGAUCUAAUUGUUUGGUUUUGAAGUUGAAAUGGCAAAGUCAUAAUCAGUGAUAGCUGAGGGAGAUGUCCAUGUUCUCCAUGUAAAUUAACCCUUUUUUGGGGAUCAUAAUUACUGAUUUUCCUUUCUAUUAAAAUCUCAUAUGUUAAAGAUGAAUGAUUGGGCUUGGGGUGCCUUGGAUGUGUUAUACAUAUACAUAUUGUCUUAAUGUCCCCCUAUAAGAUGCUUUGUUCUUAAUUUUUCCAUAAUCACUUUUUUGUGGAAGGGGGGUGGGGUGGACCUGUGGUAAUCCCUCAAUUGAGUUGUAGUGACAAAUAUGACAAAUAUAGGGAAGGGCUUUGAUGUAACUUAGGUACUGACGACAUACACAGACCGGUGUCAUGACUUGUUUUUCUUUCUGUUUCAGAAAGAAGGUAGCCUCCCCAUCAAAGCAAACAAUAGACAUUGAAGAAGAGGUUUCAGGUGUCCAGAAUGUUAAGCUAUACACUUACAAAGAAUUGAGCAUUGCCACAGAGAAUUUUAGACCAACUAACAAAAUUGGGGAGGGUGGUUUUGGUUCUGUCUACAAGGGAAGUCUCAAAGAUGGCACUGUGGCCGCUAUAAAGGUGCUUUCUGCCGAGUCAAGGCAAGGGGUGCGGGAAUUUUUGACAGAGAUAACUGUGAUAUCAGAUAUAGAGCAUGAAAACUUGGUUAAGUUGCAUGGUUGUUGCGUGGAAGGUAGCCAUAGAAUCUUGGUGUAUGGCUAUCUAGAAAAUAAUAGCUUGGCUCAAACCCUUCUUGGUGGACGCCGCAGUGGCAUUCAGUUUAACUGGAACACGCGGACAAAAAUUUGCAUUGGAGUUGCACGGGGCCUUGCAUUCCUUCAUGAGGAAGUUCAACCGCAUAUUGUUCAUAGAGACAUUAAAGCAAGCAAUGUUCUCCUUGACAAAGACCUCACACCAAAGAUCUCAGAUUUUGGUCUAGCAAAGCUUUUUGCACCCAGCCUAACUCAUAUUAGCACACGUGUUGCUGGAACAUUAGGUUACUUGGCCCCGGAGUAUGCAAUACGAGGCCAAUUGACAAGGAAAGCUGACAUUUACAGUUUUGGUGUUCUCCUCUUGGAAAUUGUUAGUGGAAGGUGCAACACAAACAAGCGGUUAUGUGCUGAAGAGCAAUAUCUUCUUGAAAGGGUAUGGAAACUGUACGAGAAGGGCGAGGUGGCAAGGUUGGUGGACACCUCAUUGGAAGAAGACCUUGAUAUCGAUGAGGCUUGCAAAUUCUUGAAGAUUGGUCUUCUUUGCACCCAAGGCUUCCCAAAGCUCCGGCCAUCCAUGUCCAAAGUGGUGAAGAUGCUAACAGGUGAGAUGGAUGUUGAUGACAAAGAGAUAUUAAAACCAGGUCUAAUCUCUGAGUUAAUGGGGCUCAAAAUGCAAAAGGAUACCACAGAUACAUUGUCUGCUGACUCCAAAAAGCAUGAUAACUCAUCAUCAUCAGAGACGAGCACUUCAUAUGCCACCAUGACUUUCACAGCAAUAGAUGAAAGAAGUAAUUGACUUGGCACAUGAGACUAGGGUAUUGCAUAUAUAUCAUCUGGAAUGGGGAGCUUCGCUGCAGCCAUUGGUUGUAUGAGAUCAAAGAAUUUCAUGAGAUGAGUUCCUCUCGCUCUUUUUCCGAACAUUCAUGGUUGUGCCUUCCAUUCUCCAGAGUGGUUUAUUUUAACUUGACGGAGUUGGCAUAAGUAGAAAGGAGCAAUUCAAAUUCAUUGUCCGUAGUUGUCCAAAUACUCUCUGGAUCUGGAUGUACAAAGUUAUAAUCUACUAGGAUCGACUGUUCCAGAAUCACCAUUAAAUUAUAUCAGAUGUUAAAGAUCAAAUGAGUUUUUACACAGAUAUUUGCCAUCAUGCAGUUGGAUAUUGAUGCACCAUGGAACAGUAUAUAUUGGAUGAAAUGAAAUUUUUGUAUCAUUUCUUUUCUUUUCUUUUUCUGUCUGAAUUCAUUGUAAUUGUUCGUUGAUUUACUACCCGUGAAACCCUUUUCUUUUUC